AUGGUUAAUUUAGGAGGAGGAUCUGAAAAAUGCACUGCUUGCCAAAAGACUGUCUAUUUGACUGAAAAGAUCGUCGUCGAAGACAAAGAAGAGAAAAAGACAUUCCACAAGUUGUGUUUGAAAUGUUCUCACUGUAAGAUUACAUUGUCUCUUGGUAGCUACGCCUCAAUGAACGGUGUCAUGUAUUGCAAGCCACAUUUCAAGCAAUUGUUUGCCACCAAGGGUAAUUACGACGAAGGUUUCGGAAAGUCAAAGCAUUCCGAAAAAUGGACUCCACAAGCAAAUCCAGCUGCAUCCACUCCAGCAUCAUUUAUUAAAUUAGAAGAAGUAAAGACAACUGAAAAAAAAGAUACACCAACCGGUAUCUCUUCCAAGUUUUCAGGUAGUUUGGAGAAGUGUGCUGUCUGUUCAAAGACUGUAUAUUUGACUGAGAAGACUGUUGUUGAGGAUAAGGAUGACAAGAAGGUUCUCCACAAGGCCUGUUUGAAGUGCGCUCACUGCAGUGUCACAUUGAAUCUCGGUACCUACGCCUCAAUGAACGGUGUCUUUUACUGUAAGCCACAUUUCAAGCAAUUGUUUGCCGCCAAGGGUAACUUUGACGACAUGGCCGGAAACGCCGCCAAGAGCGACAAGUGGACUCCACAAGCCGUCUCUGCACCAGCAACUUUUGUGCCAGUCGAGAAAGUCGCCCAAGAGAAGAACACUCAACAAUCGUCGAACCCAGACGUCGCCAAGAAAUUCAGCGCCACCUCCUCUGAGAAAUGCCAUCUCUGUGUCAAGACUGUCUAUUUGACUGAGAAGGUCGUACUCGAGGAGACCGACGCCCGUAGAAUCUUCCACAAGACCUGCUUGAAGUGCUCUCACUGUCAGGUGAUCCUCAACUUGGGAACACUCGCCCAAUUGGACGGUGUCAUCUACUGCAAGCCACAUUUCAAACAGUUGUUCGCUCUCAAGGGUAAUUUGGACGAGGGAUUCGGACGUACCAAGCGUACCGACAAUCCAUUCCCAUACCUCGAGAAGAAGGAGGACUACGUGCCGUCGGUCGACAAGAUCGAACAAGACAGCCAAGCUCAAGCCGAGACCGAGUAUGAGAAAUUCAAGAGAUUGUCCGAGCAAAAGUAUGUCGACGACGAUCCCAAGCCAGUUUUCAACCCAGAGGCUUCCUACGAGCAUCAACAAGCCGCUGUCGAUGAAGAACCAGCAGCAUCAGAGCCAGAACAACAAGAACAAGAAAAAGUAGAAGAUGAACAACCAAAAGUAGAUCAACAUGAAGAAAAGGAAGAACAACAAGAAGAAGAGAAACCAGCAGCUGCUGUCGAAGAAACACCAUCAUCAGAGGAAGCUGUUCAAGAGAAGAGUGAAUCUGCUCCAGAGGUCAACAACGACCAAUCUUCUGAUUCUUCAGUCUCUGAUCAAGAAUAA